CGGCCUUUCUUCGCGGGCUCCGCCCCUUGCCCCGGAAGCGCUCGUUGCGGGUGGAGGUUUCUGGGCCGGUUUGGGAGAGGUGCUUCCUUUUUGUCCGACAUCUUAGUGAGGCUGCAGGGGUGGACGCUCCUCUCCCAGCUUCGUUAUGCCGCCCAAGGAUGACAAGAAGAAGAAGGAUGCCGGAAAAUCGGCCAAAAAAGACAAAGACCCAGUGAACAAAUCUGGGGGCAAGGCCAAAAAGAAGAAGUGGUCCAAAGGCAAAGUUCGGGACAAGCUGAAUAAUUUGGUCUUGUUUGACAAAGCGACAUAUGACAAACUCUGUAAAGAAGUUCCCAACUAUAAGCUUAUAACUCCAGCUGUUGUCUCUGAGAGACUGAAGAUUCGAGGUUCCCUGGCCAGGGCAGCCCUUCAGGAGCUCCUUAGUAAAGGACUUAUUAAACUGGUUUCAAAGCACAGAGCUCAAGUAAUUUACACCAGAAACACCAAGGGUGGAGAUGCCCCAGCUGCUGGUGAAGAUGCAUGAACAAGAUCCUCCAACUGUACC